CAGAGCAAGCGCACAUCACAAGCACAAGCAGCUCGAUCGCACUAGCUUUGCUGCACGACCUGCUAGCUCCGUCGCAAAUGGCCAUGGCACCCAGAGCGCUGCUCCUCCUGGCCGUCGGGCUCAUGGUCGUGGCCUCGGCGAGCGCCCACGGCGGCUACGGGUCGUGCCCCAAGGACGGGCUGAAGGCGAAGGCGUGCGUGAGCGUGCUGGGCCUGCUCAGGGUCAAUGUCAACCAGCCGCGCGACGAGCACUGCUGCUCGCUCCUCGACGGGCUCGUCGGUCUGGACGCGGCGCUCUGCCUCUGCACGAAUCUCCAUGUCAACUUGCUCGACCACAACCUCGACCUCCCCGUCGACCUACGCCUCAUUCUCAACAACUGCGGCAAGGUCUGCCCCACCGAUUUUCAGUGCCCACACCACUAGAUCGAGUAUCUUGAUGUUGUCAUGCCUGGAUUUUUGAGCCUUGUUUGUUUAUUUGUUGGUACAAUGUUGUAUUCUUUUGUUUCCCAUGAUUAUUUUGGUUGAAUGUUCAUCGAAUAAAAUCAAAAGGUUAUUCGUUUCGUGAA